AUCUCAGAAGUGGUUGUCCCUUUGUACUUGUCAUUUCAGAGCAGAACUCAUCAGUAUAGAAAGACAUUGAGUUUAGGGUUCAGUAGAUAGAUAGAGCAAACCAGAGAGAAAGAGAGAGAGGUAACUAUCUUGGAUCAUUCUAAUGUCAAAACUCAAUGAAGAAAUCAUCUGCAAGGGGGUUUGUAUAAAUGAAACCCUAACAGAUGAUGAAUUAAGAUCAAUCCUAUCAAAAUUAGACAACUAUAAAGAUAAAGAAGGUUUUGGAUUAGUAUGUAAGAAAUGGUUAGAUUUACAGAGUACAGAAAGGAGGAAGCUUUGUGCAAGAGCAGGUCCACUUAUGCUUAAGAAAAUGGCUGCUAGAUUCUCAAGGAUUGUGGACUUAGAUCUCUCUCAAUCACUUUCUCGUUCGUUUUAUCCUGGGGUUACUGAUUCUGAUCUCUCUGUUGUUUCUAAUGGGUUUACUUCUUUACAAACGCUUCAUCUUAACAACUGUAAAGGUAUUACAGAUAAGGGAUUGGUGGAACUUGGAAAGGGACUUCCACGUCUACAGUCGUUAGAUAUAUCCUACUGCAGAAGGCUAACAGACAAGGGAUUAACUGCCAUAGCAGAGGGAUGUCCCAAUUUGAGAAACUUGCAUCUUGUUGGUUGCAGAUUCAUUACUGACGAAACGUUAAUAGCACUUUCGAAGAAUUGCCGUUAUCUUGAGGCAUUGGCAUUGCAAGGAUGUAUCAACAUAACAGACACGGGGCUUUCAUCUCUUGUUGGUAAAUGCCGUAAGAUAAAGUUCUUGGAUGUCAGUAAGUGCACUAAUGUUGGUGAUGCUGGGAUUUUGAGUGUAUCGGAAGCAUGUUCUUCUCUUACAACGUUAAAGUUAUUGGAUUGCCUUAAAGCUGGAGAUGAUUCCAUUUACUCAUUGGCUCGUUCAUGCAAGAAUCUAGAGACUCUUGUCAUAGGUGGCUGCCGUAACGUCUCUGAUGAAUCGAUAAAGUCAUUGGUCUUCUCAUGUAAUCACAAACUAAAAUUUCUGCGGAUGGAUUGGUGCUCGAGUAUUUCUGAUUCCGCCUUGAGCUGCAUCUUAUCUCUCUGCAAAAACCUCGAAGCUCUUGAUAUCGGGUGUUGUGAGGAGGUAACUGACAGGGCUUUUCAGGACUUGGCAAGCAGUGGAUCCGAGUCAAGUUUGAAGAUAUUAAGGAUUAGUAGCUGUCCAAAGAUUACUGUUUUCGGAAUAACGAAGCUCUUGGAAUCAUGUAAAACUCUUGAAUAUCUGGACGUAAGGUCAUGUCCACACAUUACGGAGUGGGACUGUGAUCAGGCAGGGUUGCUUUUUCCUGCAUACUGUAAAGUAAACUUCACUGGAAGCCUAUCAGGAUCAGAUGCGUUAAUCGAUAUGUUUGUUUGAACGCAAACAACAUUACACAAGAUCUUGUGGGAUGAACAAGCAGAGCUCUCGGCAGUGAAGCAAUCAAAUAACAGGUGUGUGAUUGAAUCUCAAAGUGUUAAAUGUUUAUAGUGCCGGAAUAGUCUGUAAGUUAUGCUUAAGUUUGUUGCCAUGUCUUGUCCAUUGAUUUGUUAAUUGGAAAAACUUUCUCCCCUUGUGUGUAACGAGUCUCAAAAAGCUUAGAACUGUGUUAAUAAUACUUAUUCACGAACGACGACUUUACGUCAUCAUUAUCAUUUGACGAUGUUUCCAUUUGAUUUGUUAGUCGUUAUCUUUUAAAUGGAUAGAUUUUGGAUUGGAA